AUGUUAUCGUGCUCGCACCACUUCGGUGGGCCCCGACUUAACGGGCUGUCGACACCAUGUAGGACCUCUGGACGCUGGAAUCGGAGUUUAAGAAUCAAUGGACACGGCACACAGCGGGUGUCGACCUAUAACUCAUUGAACCAGGGGUCUAGCUUGGACCACCAUGACUUCACUACUUCUACACAACUUGAAGCUCCUCGUGCUUCAUUACUAUCCGCAGUUUUGAAACCCGACCUACAAGUACCUGUGCGAUCACCUCAACCGCAAUCUACCGACAUUGAAACAGAUAAACAGGCUACCACUAGCCAUGAGCCCCCGAAUCCAAAUGGAGUAUCAAACCGUACCCGAAGACCUGUCCGACCUCUAUCCAAAAUAUCAAAGACAGAAGUUCGAUCGCUGCUUCAUCACAAUGGCCUCAACCCUAGCCUUGCUGAGCAUGUCACUCGCCGAACAAAUAAUGAGUUAGCGGCGCUGGAUAAACCUUUGGCUGCUCGAUCUGUACGCAUGGCAGCUGUCCUUCGAGCUAAAUCACUAUUUUCACGAGAAUUGGCAUUGCGUCAGUGGAAGGCUGCCUACGCAGCGAUUUUUUACGCCAAACUUGAGCAGCGUGAUGUUGAAAACAGAGCGGUAAUUCCUAAACUGACAAAAGAUGGACAAGAAAUACUAGAGAAGCUCCAGAGCCAAAAUUCUCAAGCUUUUGGAAAGAUAUGGCACGCAAUGGACCGGUCUAUCAAGGCCUCUUUGUGGCAACGAUUAGCGAUCUCGCUUUUGGAAAAAGAUCCACAAUUACUCUUGAAGUUCUUGUUUGCAACUACUCAGGGUGAAACCAAGCCUGACUUUACCAUGGUGGUAGACUGUCUGUUGUUUCUGGACAGGUUUUAUUACAAAACAUGGCUAAAGGACCACACCGUCGAUGGCCGACAUAACUACUCGGAUGUUAUUCAGGCCUGUCUACAUCCUACUACCUGGCCCAUUAUAUCUUUACCCCACAAGGGUGCUCGUUUAUUUAUUCGACGGGCACGUCUUGAAGCUGUUGUUUCUGCCUUCCUAACAGUUAACAGAAGAGGUAUUCAUAUGACAGCUACCACAAUGCUGUGCUUUAUGUGGCGCUUUACAGAGCUGGGUGAUGUGGAUUAUGCGCUGCGGGCUUUGCACAAAGUCCGAGGGAUGAACGAGGCAUCGUUCUCGAUGAACUCAGAAGGAGUUCACCGGCACUGCUGCAAGCUUUUGACUUUAGACAAGGUCGAGGAUACACAGUCUGGGCGCAAUUUCCAAAUUCUUCCACGGCUGUUAGAAAUGGGUGUGCGGCCUGACCGAGACAUGAUGAACGUUGUCGUUGCGAAUGCCUUCAAGACCGGCGAUCCCCAGCUCGGUGCUGACAUGCUUGACUUCAUGAAACAACAUGGCUUUGAGUAUGACUCGCACACAUACAUGACUCUUUUGAAACACGCUGUUGAGUGUGGAGAUCGAGGUAAGGUGGAUGCUUUGAUGCAUCAGUUUGAUGCCCACGACGAACUUCGCAACAAUCCCUGGCUUGUCAGCAAGAUCAUGCAUUGCCAUUAUAUUUAUACUGUCAAGCAUCUGGACACAGAUGCAGACCCUAGACGUAUGUUCUAUUCAAUGCUGGAGAUGUACAACCGAUUUCACGAUAUUACUCCUCUCCGAGAGCUUUUCAUCAUUCCUCGGAACUAUACAGUACCUGGAACUGGAGAAAUUAAAAAGACACUGCCUUCUCCUGUCGCUCUCUACAUAAUGAUUGCAACGUACUUCCGUUGUCAAGAACGCUUUGAUAUGGUGCAACGUGUCUACUCUCAGUUCCGCUCGCUCGUGGUCCAGGGGCAUCCAGUCAUUACUCCCUUGGCGGAGACCGAUCACACCUACAAUGAGUUUCUCCUCGCAUUUCGUGAAAGUCCUCGUGGGCUCCAGCCAUGCAUGCGAGUUGUGGAAGACAUGCUUAAUCCACCCACCUUUGCGGCUGAUAGCUUGGGAACUUCAAAAGCCCACUCGAAACCCACCAUUCGUACCUGGACCAUUCUUCUGAGUGCUUUCAUUUUCCACAGACGUCCGCGUGCAGCAGAGCGGAUUCGAGAAAUGAUGACCAAGCACAAUGUGCGGUUCAAUAACGUGACUUGGAACACCAUUAUCAGCGGCUACGUUACCGCGCAGGAUAUCCCCAAGACUGCCGCUACCAUCUGGGAAAUGGAGCAGCAAGGGUUCUCUAUUGACCAGGAUCCUUGCACAAUGAGGUCACUGCGCUAUCUUCGUGACCCGGAGCGGUUGUCAGUUGCCAUCGAGGAGCUGGACCGCAAGACCACCGAGGCAGGACUUGAUUCUCAUGUUGAAAAUCAUAUAUAUGAGAACGUUGAUGGGGAGGAAAUCAUCGAGCAUGAGCCUGAAUUCACCGUACACAACAAUAACAAGAAGCGUGAUCAGCUGGUGGAUUGGGGACUAGAAAAACUGGGUACCAAGAUGAAGCCUAGGCUUUGA